CAAUUAAGAGCACAUUCAUUUCUCACCGCCAACAAAACAAAACUCCCAAAGGGAUAAAAGUCCAGGCAUUGACCGACUGAGCGGCCGAUCUUUCGCUUCCCACUUCUUCCCUAAUCGCACGACUAUCGGUUCUCCCUUCACCUUCACGAAUUUUGCCGUUUGCAAUUGAUAUUUUAUCAAAUUAUCUCUUACUUCGGUGCUCGCUUGGUGUGAUCCGAGGUCCGGGUUGGAGAACGAGAGCGCAAUAGAUGGCGAAGCUGUACGUGGAGACGACGCCACCACCGGAUCUGAACAAGAACACCGAGUGGUUCAUGUACCCUGGAGUGUGGACGACCUACAUCCUCAUCCUAUUCUUCUCCUGGCUUCUCGUCCUUUCGGUCUUCGGAUGCACCCCUGGUACAGCGUGGACCAUCGUUAAUCUCUUCCAUUUUGCGAUUACUUACCAGUUUUUCCAUUGGAGAAAGGGAACUCCCUUUGCUGAAGACCAGGGUAUAUACAAUAAUUUGACGUGGUGGGAGCAAAUUGAUAAUGGCAAGCAACUUACUCGUAACAGGAAAUUUUUGACUGUCGUUCCUGUGGUCCUAUAUUUGAUAGCUUCACACACAACAGACUAUCAGCAGCCUAUGCUAUUUCUGAAUACAGUUGCAGUGAUUAUUUUGGUGGUAGCCAAGUUCCCAUACAUGCACAAGGUCCGUAUCUUCGGAAUCAACGCCGAUCGUUAACCAGUGGUUGAACCCGGAAGUUGUCAUUUUGGCCCUUUAUACAGAAGCUCCUGACAUGGGGGUUUAAUAUGCGGGUUUUAGAAUUGUGCGACUAAUUUCAUGGCUGGCUAUCAAUGUACAGUACUUCAUGUCGAUGCAACUAGUACUGUUGAUGUUAUGUAGUAGACUUCCCAAACCGUUAUUUUAGGUAUUUGAGUGCUCUUUCUUCUUGUAUUGUUAUUAUUAGGACUUUUUGGCGAGGCUUCAUGUCACUCAUAGUUGCUCUUCAUGCCAAGAAAGCAGAGCACGCAAAAUUAUUGAUAGAUUUUUCGUUGGAUAGAAGUAAUAGCAGCAGUUUUGCUGUGCCACACUUCCUUUUUACAUCUUUGCCACUCA